AUGUUUCCCGUAACGAUAGACCAGUUCUUAGCCAACACAACAGUUAAUGAGACAGAAAGUCUUACUCUCAACUGCAGUGCUCAUGGUGUACCUGAGCCAAACAUUGCUCUAUAUCGAGUGGUAUUAGGAUCCGAUCAGAAGCUCACAGGCUCAAUGAUAGUCUCUGGAAAAUUACUAAAUGGAGAUCCGUACAUGGCUUACAACAUAAAUUCAAUUGAAGGAUUAGACAGCGGACAGUACAAGUGUAUUGCUACAAACGAUGUGCGGCGGUCACAAGCAGACACUUCAGAUAUGAGAACCAGUGAAAGCUCAGUGAUUAUUACUGUCAAUGUUGCUGCAAGAAUUGAUAUUCCAUUACGACCAUUAUCAAUUUCUGUUGUCAGGACUAGGUCCUUGGCUCUUCAUUGUUCAGCAACAGGCACUCCUACUCCCACAUACAGCUGGACACACGACAGUCAAUCUGUUGAUGUAUCACGUUCUGGAUAUUUUCUUUGGUCAAAUGGAACUUUGGUUGUUGAAAAUGCUGGUUUAGAGGACGCUGGUGAUUAUGUCUGCACAGCAAGUAACUUGCUUUACUCAGAUGUGGCUGAUGUUCAAACAGUAACCGUACAAGUUGCGCCUCAGAUUAGGUUUCCUGAACGUUCUUUUACAGUCAAUUUUACUACUCCAUCUCAAAUUUCAAUUGGGUGCAGUGCUACAGGCAUUCCAAAACCAAUUGUUGAAUGGCAUGUAGCUGAUACAAAUAACAUAGUCACCAACAGUGCAAAGUAUUCUAUAAAACUUGAUGUUGAUCAAAACUCAAGCAAAGCAGUCUUUGAAGUGAUAAGCAAUUUGACUAUCUACAACACAAUCACCAGUGAUACACGCCCAUAUGUUUGCAGUGUUACAAGUCCUGUGUUUACAACUCCUGUAAAUGCAACAAUCAAUGUCAUUGUGCAAGUUGUUCCAACAUUUAUAUCAUCACCUGAGAAUGUGAUCGUACUAGCAGGGACUCAGGUUCGUUUACAAUGUGCUGUUUCAGCUGCACCUGUCUCAUUUAUUAAAUGGAGGAAAAAUGAAGGCAUGUUAGCAAACAACAGCAGACAUAUGAUAGUUGCAUCGUCAGUAUCUACAUCUCCACUUUUUGGAAGACCAUUGAUAACAACGUCAAACCUGACUAUUACUGGCAGCCAUUACACUGAUGCUGGUAUUUACUUUUGUCGUUCUAUCAAUGCAGUUGGACAAGUUGACAGCAGGAAAUCACCUCUAGUUGUUCAAGUUUCACCAACUAUUACUACUCAGCCACUAUCUCGAACUCUUAACAUGUCUGAUUUGGUAAUGUUUACUUGUGCAGCAACAGGAGUUCCAGAACCAAAUAUUACAUGGCAAACAACAGGAGGAGCUAUUAUUUCUCCUUUAGCAAUAAACAAUAUUGUGUUGGGUUCAGAUAACACUCUCUACACAACAACAAGUCAUCUUACAAUUAGCAGCAUUCAGAAAAGCUAUGAUGGUGAUUUUAUCUGUACUGCAUCGAAUGACAUAAAACCAUCUGUAAUGUCCAACAGUGCAACUUUGACAGUUCAAGUUAAACCAACUGUUGUUGCUGUGAACAAAACACUUGUUGGUGUUGAGAACUUUAGUCUUAUGCUGUCUGUCUACAUUCGUAAUGCAUUUCCAGCAGUAAGGGCAGAAAAUAUAAUUUGGACAAACUCAACUAGUGGUGAUCUUUUCAACACUGGCACUAGUCUCAGUGGUCCAGAGCCUUUCUAUCAAUCAUAUGAUAGUAUGAACAUGGUUGCUAGCUUGUUAAUAAAGAACAUCAGUUUGGAUUCAGGUGGUGGAUACAGGUGCAUGGCAACUAAUGAGGCUGGACAUGGAAAUGAAGUAGUUGUAGUAUCUAUACAAGGUCCUCCCAAGUUUUUUGAGACACCAAGUGACACAAAUGUUCUUGUUGGUGACACUGCUGCUUUUCAAUGUCAAACAUCUAAUGAGCCAAUUGCCAACUAUGUUUGGCAAAAGGGAGACUUGACUGUUUCUGAUGGUUCUGAUUCUCGAUUCAGUUUUAGUGAGCCUGCAAGUAGGGAUGGAACACUGGUCAUUGCUAAUGUGACAUAUCAUGAUCGUGGAGAGUAUAAGUGCACUGCAACAAAUAUACAUGGAGUUGUGGCUGCUACUGCUAUACUCAAUGUGCAGGUCCCACCUGUAAUCACAUCACCUCCAAUCUCACAGACAACCAUUGAGCCAGACACCACUGUGUUUAGUUGCAGUGCAUUCGGUCAACCUCCUCCCAGUAUUUCAUGGAAGAGAACAGUAGCUGGGAAUUCUGUCGAAGAGACACUGGCAGUCAGUGGAAAAUUUUCUAUUGACUCUAAUAGCUCACUCAUUAUUACAUCGACAAGAUAUGAAGAUAGAGGGACGUAUACGUGUAUUGCAAUGAACAUUCUAGCUGAAAUGAAGAUGGACAAAUCGAGCACUCAGUUGUUUGUAAAUGUUCAUCCAAAUAUUAUGACAUCACCUCAGAACACAACAGUUGUCUAUCCGAGUGAUAUUUCUAUUAAUUGUGAAGCAAUUGGUUUUCCUAUACCAAUUUUAUUGUGGCAACAUAAUGGUCAAGAUAUUUCUCCAAAUGAUCAGAAACAAAGUGUUCAUACCAACCAGAUAAUGUCUGAAAUCAAAGUGGUAUCACGUUUACUUAUUAGAAGAUCAGAAUUCAGAGACAGAGGAAUGUACAGAUGUCUUGUCAGCAAUUUGUUAGGGCGUGAUGAAGCAAGCAGUGUUGUUACUAUUCAAUAUAUUCCAUCAAUUAUCGUCAGUCCAAUUGCAAAGGAUGUGAGGAAGCCAAAUGCUGUGUCAUUGCAAUGUACAGCAGUAGGUUUUCCACCACCAUCAAUUGAAUGGGUAAAGAACAAUGUUACAAUGCUCCCUAACACAUACAGAGUCGAUGAAGCAACGGGGGUGGACAACAUUGGAGUGCCAACUCUUUCAAGCAAUUUAACAGUAACACUAACUGUUACCUCGGAUACUGGCAAUUUUGUAUGCGUAGCAAAGAAUAUCUUGCAAAGUGUAUCAUCAAGACCUGUUCAACUCACUGUGUUGGAGGCACCAUUUGCACCUAUCAACAUUAUCGUUACUGGUGUGACGUCAACAUCUGUUUCACUGGAGUGGAGUCCUUCUUUUGAUGGCAAUAGUGCAAUAUUUCAAUACAUUGUUCAGUAUGCUGGUGGCAUUGACAACACAAAAUGGUCAGCUGGUGAGAACACUAACAGCCAACAGCCAUCAUAUGUUGUUACAAAACUACAUCCAUAUGCAAACUACACGUUUAGAGUGGCAGCCACAAAUUUUAUUGGAACAGGUGACUUCAGCAACUCUUCUUCUGUGGCUUUCACAAGCCAAGACAAGCCGUCUGGAACUCCAAAAAUUAUUUCUGUAUUGGCUGAAAGCUCCAACUCAAUCAGGAUUAGAUGGUUAGCCGUACCAUUCAAUGAACGAAAUGGCAUAAUAACACAACGUCGAGUGGAGAUUCGCGAACGAAUUAUGGCGCAAAGUCUGCUACCUCCUUUCUAUCGCACUGCCACAGAAAAGGACACAAUUGUGGUGACUGGUUUGAAGCGCUACACAACGUAUAGCUUUCGUGUUGAAGCCUCAACCGCUGUUGGUAGGGGCAAUUUCAGUUCAUCCAAAGAGGGAAGAACGCAUGAUAAUGCUGCUCGUCCUACUUUACGUGCAGUAAAGUCUGUUGUCAUUGUGCCGAAUGGAUCUACUGCAGUUCUUCACGUGACAAUUUUACCAGUUUUCCCCAAUGUUCCUAACAAUGCUGCGAACAGAACAUGGUCUGGUCCUUCAGGAGUGAUUGCUACAACAAACAAGUUUUUCUUGUCGACAAAUCGUUAUCGUUUGGCAAUUCAAGAUAUUGGUCCAAAUGACACUGGACUUUACACAUUUACAGCUGCAAAUACAGUCGGCAGCGCAACUGUUACAAUUAACCUUGCUUUGCAAGGAUUUCGUCCAACUGUGGAAGCCGUAAACUCGAUUGUUGCGGUACCAAAAGGAGUUACCGCUGCUCUUUGA